AGAUGACAGUUAGUUAAAUAAACAAAACGGGGUGAGCCAUGUUUGACUUGAAAAAGGGUAAGAAAGUCGACUAAUUUUCGUUUUCCUUAAGUCACAAACCCAUUGUUAAAAUGUUUUUUUUUUAUUGUUCCUAUUGCUUAUUAACUGCAAUAUCUAGAACGUAUGCAGAACACCAUUAUUUUGUAGUAAUUUCUUGGAAGCAAGGCACCAUCAAAUUGGCCACCAGAUGCCAUUGGCCCCCGUACGCGAAAAGAAUCUGCUUUGACAUUAAUUCUGCAAUGGUCCCAGUAAUCACACAGCCCAUUUCCAUGCUUUGAAUAUUUGACCCCUCCCAAUAGGACAAAGUCAACUGUCCUUUGUUUUAGUCCAAGCGCCCCGCGCUGGCCUGUUGGGAGAUGACAGCGGGCGAGACCAUUGGAAGAUUUAUGAACUUCCAGGGGGCGGGAAGCUCGUGUUGAUAAUGAGUAAAUAAACCAGUGGCCAUUACAGGUCGGGGGUCCAUUCACCGCCGACACCUCCGGGGCAAUUUCGCUAAUCUUCUCGCGCCUUUUCGGUUUGGUGCAAAUUUUCCCCUGAGCCUACACCAGCCGGAUCUGAAGUGGAAACCGCCCAGGGGUAAUCCGAUGUGACAGGAACAAAACACGCUAAUUAAUCGAGUUGGUGAAGAGUGUAUUUGUCCCUGUUUGUCACGUGCGCACUCCCCAUUCUUCCCCGAGCUGCUGCCACUGCCCCACAAGCGCCUGGGCUUCAGAGCAGCGCUGGCACUAUUCACAAAGUGGUGUGCACGGCGCUGAGCACUAGGCUGUCGUUAGGGUAACAGGUCCGCGAGUUGUUGUCUGGAGCAGCGACACACAGCCAGUGUGGGGAGGACAUGGCAGCGUGCGGCCGCAGGAUACGUCUGACCAGGGCCCUCACGGUGCUCCUAACGGUAGUGGGGACCGCGAUCGUCGUCAACCUCGCCCUGCUGAGCCCCCGUCACGACCACGGGGGCCACCUUCUCCUCCCGGACACCGACGGCGAUCAGGCCUUACCGGCGGGGAUCACGGCACACAUCAGGGAGCUGCAGGCGGAACUGGAGAACAAGAGGAGAGAGAUCGCGGAGUACAGGGAGAGCAUGGACCUGCUGGCCGCCGCGGCACGCCACAAGCCCGCCGCCGCGGAGCCCAAAUUCCGACGGCUCAUGGACGCUCAGAGGCGGGAUCGGGAGAAGCAGCUCCUGUUGCAGGUUGUCAACACGGACGCGCCCGCCAGGACGGCCCACGCCGGUUCGGCCCUCGAACAACUACACCCCAGGUACAUCGGCUGCAGAGAGCUCGAGCACAUCAAGGUUACCGGUCCCGCCGGGUCUGGGUACACCAAAGUCGUGCAGAAGGGGACGUAUAAGUAUAACGGACUGGACGUCGCCAUGAAGUCGGUGGCGAUGUCCGGACACGACAUGAGACUUUGUCUGGACACUGGCAUGGACCACCGCGACUGCUCUGCGCUGGCCAACUACAAGAUCGUCAAGGAAGUCGCCCUCUUACAAGCCCUGGCGCAUCCCAAUGUCAUCAAGUUGCUAGGUUACUGUUUCCAUGGAGGGGAGGACGGCUCUGUCACCUCCAUAACGGAGCUGGGCAGACCUCUGGACAUUAUCAACCUGCUGCAGGCUUCCUGGGAGGACCGCUUCAGGAUAAGCCUGGGCCUGGCUCAGCUCUUGGCCCACUUGAACUCCUCCCCCAUCGGCCCGGUCAUCCUCCACGACUUCAAGCUGCAGCAGUUUGUACUUGUCAAUGGAGAGGUGAAGCUGGCAGACCUGGAUGAUGCCGACAGUUACGCCCCGAACUGCGCCCUGGACUCGGACUGCGCCCUGGAGUUCCCGGGGACGUCCUUCCAGCUGUCCUGUGACAAGCAGGGGAAAUGUUCGUCCUGGAGCGACAAGAGUAACCUGUACAAUGCCUACAGAUACUUCUUCGUGUACCUGCUCCCCUUCGAGGUACCAGAAGCGCUGAAGCCACUGGUGGAUGAGGUCAUGAAUAAGACAGCUACCCUGCAGUGGUCCAGUGAAGAGACUGCUGCUCACAUGGAGAGGAUCCUGGAGUUGUAUCAGAGUGGGGCGUACCUACACAGGGAGCCGGCGAAACCAGACAUGACAAGAUACAGGAAGGUUCCCCAGUCCGACGUCCCGGGUGUGGGAGACUUCGACUGUCUGCGCUCGCUGUCCCGAGGUGCGUGCGCGGUGUCCGUGUUCGACGCAGAGGAAGCCGCGGACAUGUGUGACGGAGAUGCGGAGUGUCGGGGCUUCGUCCUCACGGACAGGAAGACUUGGAUAGGUCGUCCAGUGGCUUACUUCAAGAAUGAUGUGUCAUCUCCAGUGGAAAACCCUGACACAAUACUGUACACAAAGAUCCUCGCUCCCACAUAAAAGGAGAAAUAGCAGGCACUGCCUUGAGUGUCAGUCAACACUGUAAUAAUGACUUUUAAACUGUAAAUAGUAAACCACACAGAUUUAUGAUAAAGAGAAGAUGAAAUAUGAAGCUGAACAAAGUGUAUUUAUUUGUAUGUAAUAAGUUAACAAUACUUAGUGCAAUAUAUUGUAUCAAUGGAUACAGACUGUAUUUUUUUAUAUACUGCAAUGCUGACUCCCAUAUGUCUGGGAGACAAAUACAAAGUUUAAAACUAACUUUUGAAUGUCCAUAAUUUGGUGGUAACAUUCCAAAACAACAUGAAUUGUGAACGAUAAGAGUUUGAUACUAUGAAAGUGUAAAUAAACAGUUAAUUUAACA